CAUAUAUCUAAUAAGACUGACAGACACUUCAACAAAAGCAAUGUUUUUGGAAGAUGCAUCACCUAGUUCGGACAAAUUGUCAACAAAAAAGACAGAGACUUCAACAAAAGCAACGCUUUCAGCAGACGCGUCACCCAGAACAGCACAUACACGGACGGCAGAUAAUGAUUUCGUGAAAAACUUUCUUUAUAUAGUGAAUACUAAUCAAUUGCAUACGGGACUAUCUUGUACUAACGGACACUCUAGGAGAUCCAGAGAAUUUGGACGUGCUAGUUUUGAGUUAUCAAUCUUCAUGUAAAGACAUAAGCUUGGGCCAUAUAAAGUACAUAUUUGGUCCAAAUACAACUUGGGGAGCGGGAAGAAACCUUGCUUGGACAUAUGCCCAGAAACAUCUUGGAAAAUAUUUGUAUUACGUUUUUCUCGAUGAAGAUAUCAUAUUCAAACCGACACUAUCAAGGAUUUUGAGCAAAGAUGCAUUGAAUAAACAGAACCUGAAUACUUCCAUAUUGAGACAAUUUGAAUUAUUUUUGCUUGAAACACAGCCUGCUGUUGGUGCACCUCUUCGAUCAGUAUAUGACCCUUUGCUCAUCUACGACUUCAACGAGUGUUGUCCGGGAGAGGAUAAUUAUGACAAACAGUGGCAUCUGCCAGAGCGAGUUCCAAUGUUAAGAUUCGAUGAGUGUUUUGCAGCAUUCCAUAAUAAAGCUAUUGGGCAUAUAAUGCCACUAGAUUUACAAUAUGACGCACAAAGUUGGUGGGGAGCAGGAGAGUACCUGCAUAUGAAAUCCUAUUAUUAUUUCCACCGUCAACUUGCACGGUAUACCCUCAUGACUGUGCACAACCCCGAGCAUAAAGAGUAUCCCAGUGGAUUUAUUCCAUAUCCGGAUAUAAUUAAAAACAUCAGAUCACAUGUUUCAGAGUCUUAUAGAAAUGCAACAAUAUUCACGCAGGACAUAAAAAUUAUGGCAGGUCAAGACUGGGGAAAACAUAUGUAACGACCCUCACCGCCCCUCUCUCCGCACGGCGGUGCAGAGCAAACAGAAGUGGUAGCGUGAAUAAGGGGAAGGGCUAAGUGAGGUGAAAGAAU